CUUCCUAGCACCGCCGCAGCCACCACCGGAGCCCGCCGCAGCCCGUCCCCCAUCGGAGUUCCUAUCUUGCAUGGCAGUGAGCUUACUGGCACAUGAGGUAUCCGACCUCUGCCUUGGCAAGCCGGCGCUGAAGCCGCUUCCUCUGUCAGCCACUGUCGCCGACGCCUUGGCCGCCCUCAAGAUCUCCGACGACAACUUCAUCAGCGUCUGGAACUGCAGCGAUCACUCCGUUGCCGCUGGAAUCGGCUUCGGCGAGGAAAACGAUGACCUAGGCUGCCGAUGCGUCGGCAAAUUGUGCAUGGUCGAUGUUAUUUGCUACCUGUGCCGAGAGGAAAAUCUUUUGUCUCCAACGGCUGCCCUGAAGGCGCCUGUCUCUGCGAUUCUGCCUAGAACUUCAGGUGUCGUGAGACAUCUCGAGCCUUCUUCGAGCUUAUCGGAAGCCAUUGAUUUGAUCCUUCAAGGAGCACAGAACCUUGUAGUGCCAUUACCAGCCAAAAGAAGCGGCGUUUCAAGGAGAAAACAGCACCAGAAAUCCUCAAGCAGCUCUGCAAUUUGUACAAGCCACAAUGGUCGUGAGUUCUGCUGGCUGACUCAAGAGGAUGUGAUCCGCUUCCUUCUUGGUUCCAUAGGCGUCUUCUCUCCACUCCCUGCUCUCUCCAUAGACACCCUUGGCAUCAUCAGCUCCGAGGUCUCGGCCAUUGACUACUACGCCCCGGCAUCUUCUGCCGUAGGAGCCAUUUCAAAUUCCCUCACAACACAAACUUCAGUGGCCAUUGUUGAUAGUGAAGGAAUCUUUAUUGGUGAAAUCUCUCCCUUCACCCUUGCCUGCUGUGAUGAGACUGUUGCUGCUGCUAUCACAACCCUUUCUGCUGGGGAUCUAAUGGCCUACAUUGAUUGUGGCGGGCCCCCAGAAGAUAUAGUGAGAGAAGUGACGGCAAGGUUGAAGGAGAAGAACUUGGAGAAAAUGCUAGAAGAAUUCACAAUUUUGUCUUCUGUGGUCACUGAUUCAUCGUCAUCUUCAUCAGAUGAAGAAUCUGUGCUGUCCCCAAGAAGGUCAUUGCCAAGGUCAGGAAGGUACAGUAGGUCCUUCAGCUACUCAGCCAGAAUGGUGAGAAAAGCAGAGGCCAUUGUGUGCCAUCCCAAGAGCUCUCUAGUUGCUGUGAUGAUUCAGGCCAUUGCUCAUAGAGUGAACUAUUUGUGGGUUAUAGAAGAUGAUUUUAGCUUAGUUGGUAUCGUCACUUUUUCCAAUAUGUUGAAGGUGUUCAGAGAACACUUGGAGCCAUUUGCUUAGCUGAUUAGGCGCGAAAUCAAGAAGCAAUAGGGAAGAGAGAGAGAUCAGUAUCUGUGAAUAAUGGUGAUGGACCUUCUCUGUUCCGAAAUGUUGAGUUUGUGAGUGGCGAUGUUAGAUGUUUGUUUUGCUUCAUUUCAAGUAAUGUAUUUCGUUUCCUCUUUUUGAGAUUUCCAUUCAUUUCUUCCUGCGUUUCUAUGUCAGAUAAUAAAACGCUUCUUCUUCUUUGGCCAUUUUAA